AUGAGCUUCAGCGUGGCCAACGAGGCCAUCUAUGUCCGAGAACGAGGCAAACUUCGACGGGUCAAUGACAUCGUGCUGGCACAGCCCAAGCUGCUGUCGUCAUGCAGGAGGACAGACGCGUUUGUGCUGAGAAAGGAGCACUUCAUAUUCACUUACAACGCAGAGGGGAGUCUGAGGUACACGUCCAAAUCCCUCUUUGACAUCACGCUGCUGUUCGUGGCUGACAACAUUCACCACGUGGACUCUCUGGUUGGCUUCCCGGAGCAAAUAGGAGACCGACUCUUCGCAGCAGUGGAGGAGAGUCGUGUAUUUUUAAACGCAGAUAUUUCUCCCAAAGCCCUGCAGCUAUUCAGUGAUGCGUACGGGCAGAUGGUGCUGGGGUCGCUCUGUCUACGGAACAGGUUCCCACUUUUGCACGAGAGGAUCAGUGAAAUAAAGACAUUCCACAGUUUGAAGAGUCUGGAUCUGUUCGGCUGCAGACUGGGUGACGAUCACGUCAUAUUCCAGCAUCUCACCUCCAGCUCCCUGGCAAGCAGCCUCAUUCAGCUCUUCAUCGGAGGCAACAGCCUGUCAGACGCCGGCUUACAGAGGUUGACGGCGCCUCUCCGGGUGAUGAGAAAGGGCCUGGACAGUCUACAGAUCCUUGACGUUUCAUACAACCCCAUCUCAGAGGGGGCGCUCAGAUACCUCAAUUGCCUGCCCAAACUGGACAAACUCGAUGUGUCGGGAACGAACUUAAAGCUUGGCACAGGAUUGAAGACAACCAUAUGGAAGCUGCUGGGUCUCAGCUACUCAGAGAACCCGCUGGACGCCUUUGAUCAUUCAACAUGUAAAACCGAGGGCUGGGCAGAGCAGGUUAUAGUCCAGUGGGAAACAAACAGCGCACAGAUGCCUAAACAGAAGAAACUUGAGGAAUCAAGAACAUCUGCACUUCGCUUUUUUGGCAGGCAGAAGUUCGUCAGGGAAGUCCUGAAUGCUGCACCGCUGGUAUGUGACGACGAGGAUGAUGCCAACAGAGAAAGACUGCACUUCUACAAACCAGCGGUGAACAGGCGCACGCUGGAUGAACAGGUUUCUGACAGGGAAAAUGUCCAAGCGAAGCCUUCCUGGCAUAAUAGCAAAAAAAGGCAGCACCAGCCUGAAAGCUGUGGCAGUUCUCAUCACAGCCCUCCAACAAAACGUUUGUCUGCGUCAGUGCUUUCUGCAGAGGAUAUGGACUUGUUAAACAGCUACUGAGGCCUUCACUCGUGUCGUUCCAUGACCAGAACACAGCACUGAUGUGUCUGUUCAUCACUGGUGAACUGUACAAGGUUUUUUCUUUUCCCAGGUGGUUUUCUUGUUAUAUUUAUAUAUGUCUACUGUAAAUAAAGUUUUGUAGUUUGCAUGUU